UACGCCUACACUUAGGACACCAUAAGCUGUAUCACCAGUAUGCUAUAUUUUACUGUGCGUUAAUAGAAUGUUUAUUAUGCACGGUUCACUGGGUGUACGCCCACGACUACACACAGAUCGAUUUUUCAAUACAGUAUUUAAAACUUGUCCAAUUUAUUAUGGUCAUCCAUUUUUACUUAAGCCAUACAGCUAGGUUGCUGAAGAAAGAACGACUGAUACGGAGAGUUCUUGAACCAUUUCUGCUGAUGAAUUUUGUAUAUUUCACUGUUGUAACUAUAAUGGCUAUAGUGUUAACUAAAAACAGUUGGAUUGAAUGUUUACAACCGUAUUGGUUGAUGCUCUCAACAGUAGAGUUUGUAGUUGUUCAAGUUUUCUUUGUUGCUGGUAUUGUUAUUACAAGAAAAUUGAACGAGGUUAGACAGCUUGACUCAGCCAGAAACGCACAGAAGAGAGACCUCUGGGGUUUAAUCAUCGUGUUUGAAGUAUCGGCUUUUGUAACAUUGGUCUAUGACAUCACUGUGAGCAUUUUGGGUACUGAAGAAAGAGGCUGUAGUGAUAUUUUUAAUAACAUGCAGUCCGUCUACACAGCUGUUUAUGCUUUUGUAAACAUUUUUAAGAUAAUGCUGCCUAUGUGGGCAAUGUUAUGUGUCUUCCAUGCACCGAGUAAACAGGAAAAUGGACCAAAUAACUUUUCUAUCAAUAGUGACAACCGUUCUGUUUUUCAGCCAAGAUCCCCAAGGCAUUACAAUAGAUUGUCUUACCCUGACUUGAGAACUGCUGCUUGCCCACAGUAUGUCAAUACUCCUCGGCGAAGCCAGUCGUAUGCAACCAUGCCUUCAAUAGAAGAGGAAGACACCAAUUACCUCAUCACAUAACCUUAGCAAUAGUCGACAUACAUUUGC